AUGCCCUUCAGCCUCAAGAACGCUAAGGGUACUUAUCAGCGUCUUGUGAACAACAUCUUUCCCCUACUGAUUGGCAACACCAUAGAGGUUUAUGUCAAUGACAUGCUAGUCAAAAGUCGCACUGCUGACCAGCACAUCUCUAACAUAUUUGUCAUGUUCACCAUCCUGAAGGAAUAUAAAAUGAGGCUCAACCCCACGAAGUGUGCCUUUGGUGUAGUUUCGGAAAAAUUCCUUGGCUUCAUGAUCAGCCAGCGAGGUAUUGAAGCCAAUGCAAAAAAAAUUCAGGCCAUCUUACGCAUGAAGAUACCUAAAAUGGUCAAAGACAUCCAGAGCCUUAUCGGACGCGUCACAGCCCUGACCAGGUUUAUCUCUAAGGCCACUGAUCGCAGCGCCCCAUUCUUCAAGGCCCGUAAGGGUAACAAACGAAACAUCACCUGGACUGCCGAAUGUGACAAGGCUUUUAGUGAGCUCAAGGAGUAUAUGAGCCGGGCCCCUUUAUUGUCAACACCCGAGCCUGGAGACAUCCUCACGAUUUACCUUUCCGUCUCUGCUACGGCCGUCAGCUCAGUACUCAUCCGACCACAUGAAAGUGCUGAACAUCCGGUGCACUAUGUUAACAAGGGAUUGCAAGAUGCCAAGGUUCGGUACCUAGAUAUCGAGAAGCUGGCCCUUGCUCUGGUGGUGUCAGCCAGACACCUAAGACCAUACUUCCAAGCGCACACCAUUCAUGUCUUAACCAACCAACCACCGAGGCAGGUAUUGCAGAAGCCAGAGACUUCUGGCAGGUUGGUUAAGUGGGCUAUUAAGCUGGGUGAAUUUGAUAUUCACUAUAAACCCCGCCCUGGCUACAAAACAUAUCAGAAUUCACACAACCCCAAGCUUUGGCUGUUCCCCAGAUCAUAA